GCGUGCGUGCGGGCGGAGCCAGUCAACUAGUCUGUCGGGGCUCCCCGAGUUGCGGCGGCUCCGGUGCCACACGGUCGUCGCGUUUCACUCCGGAUCCGGCAGGGAACCGGAAAACGGCCCGGGGAGAAAACCCGGUUCGACUUUUUUUUGUUGCGCGGACGGGAGCCGCUCGGGAGGGUUUUGAGAGUCUCGGCGGUUUCGGGUCGGAAGCGCAGAAAACCCUCCGCGCGGGUCCGCGGAUUACGCAGCGGAGGCGCACGGGGGAGGCUCGCACGGGACUGACAUGGGGGAGGAAUAGUUUGGCGAAGGACAACCGCUUCGGACCCCGGCCGGACGUCAUGGAGGAGAGCUGGAAAAACGGCUUCGAAGAGGAGCUCCUCUGCCCCAUCUGUCUCAACGUCUUCGACGAGCCGAUCCAGCUGCCGUGCAAGCACAACUUCUGCCAGGGCUGCAUCUCGGAGGCCUGGGCCAAAGACGCCGCGGCCGUGCGCUGCCCGGAGUGCAACCGCGACUACAGCCAGAAGCCCGCCCCGGAGAAGAACCUCAAGCUCGCCAACAUCGUGGAGCGCUUCAACGCGCUCAACACCGAGAAGGCCCCCGCCGUGCUGCACUGCGUCCUGUGCCGGCGGGGCCCCCCGCUGCCGGUGCACAAAGUUUGUCUGCGGUGCAAAGAGCCCUGCUGUCAGUCUCACGUCCAGACUCACCUGCAGCAGCCCUGCCCGGCUCCGGGACACCUGCUGGUGGACGUCGACGAGCUGAGGGCCUGGAGCUGCCCGCGGCACGAAGAGUACAGGCUCUUCCACUGCGAGGACGAGCAGGUGGCCGUCUGCCAGUUCUGCUGCAUCUCUCGCUGUGCCGGCCAGAGGCACACGGUCCGCGACGUGGACGUACAGCGCGCACAGAUGCAGAAACUGUUGAUGAGGCAACAGGAAAGACUGGACGGACGUGUUCAGAACAUCGAUGAGCAGCUCGGCAAACUGGAGUCAGACAAGUCCCUGGUGGAGGAUGCCGUGUGCGAGCUGAAGGAGCGGGUGAGAGCUCAGUACCGGCGCAUGCAGGCCCUGCUGGACGAGGACCUGAGCGAAACCUUGCAGCUGCUGGAAAACGCCAAUAGCGAGUAUAGGCAGAAGAAUUCCCAGCAGGCACUGCAGCUUAAGGAGAGACGACAAGAAGCGGACAAAUUCCUGAGCUCGGCGCAGAUGUUUCACCACCGAGCGGAGAACAUUAACUUCAUGAAGAACACGAAGCCUUACCAGCUGCUGGUGGACAGGUCAAAGUGGUUCCUUGGCAGUGUGCUCCCCGACCACAAAGUGGGCCAACUCAACUCCCACCUCCUCCUGUCGGAGCUCACCAAGAGAGAACAGAACCUGCGCAAAGUUCUUGAAGAACCGCUCAGCGGCUCGUCCAUUCUUCAGACCGUCCCGUGUCAGAACGGCGGCGUUGGCUCCGCUGUGGUGGCGGUCGCAAGACCCGAGAAAAGAAGACACGCCGCCGUUUUCCCGGACGGCAACCCAGGCACCUCCGCCUCCCAGGAUCCUCCGCUGAUGGCCUCUGGUAGCAAGCGGCCUUUCCUCGGCGACCACAGCCAUCGCACCUCCUCCUUGUAUCCCUCGGAGGGCCUCUCCCAGACUCCUCACUCGGGCCCCGGUCCCAGCCGGAUGCUGGACGGCCCGGCCCAGCGUAUGAUGGGUCUGGGGUCAGGCUCCGGCCACAACUCAGGGACUAUGUUUCCGCCCUCGCAUUACGCGGGCGGAGGCCCCUCGCAGCAGGCCAUGCUCCCUCAGUACGGCGGGAGGAAAAUCCUCAUGUGCUCCCUGGACAACUGCUGCUGCUCCCGGGUCCCGGCAGGCAGCCGGCCCUCGUACCCGGCGUCGGACUCCUUCCCGUGGCUGGGUUCUCAGGAGUACCCCUCCCACCCGCCGCUGUCCGCCGGCCAGCAGGGUCUGUCCAUGCGGGACUGGAUGGACACGUCACAAACGCCCCGGCACCCGGACUUUUACGGCCUGUACGGACAGUCCCCGGCCAAGCAUUACGUCACCAGUUAACUCGGGGGGGGCAAGCCACAGCGGACGCUCCCCUCGCCGUUUAGCUCCCGUCCUUCGGGUUCUGGGUUCCUUUUCCCUUUUUGGUUUGUUGUCUUUUCCAAGUUUGUGUUUCCUAUUUCUGCAAUCCCCUCCCUCCCUCUUCCCGCCGCCGUUCACGUUCCGGCUGCCCACAGAGGGAACGUUAUUUUAACGGUCUCUUCCCGCUAUUUUUAGGAAAACACCCUAUUUACCGCGGUUACACCCGUCAUCGCCGUGUUAGGACAAUAAGGACAGGGCGCCGUGUGGUUCAUCCAUGUAUAAAAUGCUGUUAUUAUUGUUCUGCCGGGUGGCCCGGCGCUCCGCUGGUGGUCUGGUGGGAACCGGGCUCCGCUAGUUAAAUAACUUGAGGGGAUCCGAGCCGCGGACCUUCCCCGGCGUCUGUUAGCAGAGGUUAAACAACCAUCCCUGCCGCAGUAACGACGAGUUUAUAUGCAAAAAAAAAAAAUAAUUGUUUUAAAAGUACUUGCCGUUUCCUGUCCCGUUUUGAUUGGACGGGAGGCGUAAUCAUCAACACGCAGUCUUAAAUCCAUCCACGCGGGUGCGGCGAGACAUCGUCCUCCGUCCAAGAGCCUGGACCUGGACUCCAGAGACGUCAGUGCCUCCAAGACUGUCGACUUGCUCUUAUCGUGCUUCUCGGAAGUUCCUAACUCGGGAUUUCCUGUUUUGUGGCUGAAAGCGUGCAGGAAACCUCCACAUGCACUUCAGAAGUCCACGUGGCUUCGAAAGACACUGGACUACCAACGCCUGUCAGGUUUUAGAACGGCUCUUUUUUUUUUACACAACACUACGAGUAGACCAAAACCGCUGUACAUACUCAAUAAAACCAGUGUAUCGUAUGGUAUUGCGUUGUGUCUCCUUGUCUGCGAGGAGCCUGGUGGGGGUUUUAUCCCACGUCCCGGCGCCUAUUUCAAACCACAUGACGUGUUGUUUUGAACCCUCUUGCCUACGUUUGGAUAUCCUUUUACACAAGGAGGGAGGGGGG